AUGGCAUCUGGACGAAUAUCAUUUCAAACUAAAUAUCGAGCUGCAGUAGAACGUCAUAAACGAAAUCAUUAUGAACAACAACGUUCACGUUCUAAUGAUGAUUUAUUACCCAAGUUAGAAAAUGGAGGAACAAAUGGCACUACACGUCAACGAACACGUCCUUACAAUUGGUCUAGUCUUGGUAGUCUCAAUAGUUUUGGUGAUUCAGCAACAACUCCACCAUCAUCUCAAGAACAUACAGGUAGUGGUGGAAGUCAUACAGGUGGUAGUGGUGCUAGUGGUCCACAACGUGAAACAUUACAUAGUCGAUUUGAAUUUAAACAAACGUUAGGUAAAGGUACCUAUGGUAAAGUCAAAUUAGCAUUAGAUAAACGUAAAAAUGAACAAGUAGCAAUAAAAACAAUAAAAAAAUCACGUAUUGAAAAUCCACAUGAUUUAGCAAGAAUUCGACGUGAAAUAGAUUUUAUGACUAGUCUCAAUCAUCCAUAUAUUAUUAAAGUCAAAGAAGUUUAUGAAAGUCGUGAAAAAAUUAUUCUUGUAAUGGAAUAUGCAAGUGGUGGUGAAUUAUAUGAUUAUCUUAAUCGUAUGAAACGUAUACCAGAAUCUCAAGCUCGAGCAAUUUUUCGACAGAUUGUUUCAGCUGUUCAUUUUCUUCAUAAAAAUCAAAUUGUUCAUCGUGAUCUUAAAUUAGAAAAUAUUUUAAUUGAUCAUAAUGGUGAUAUUAAAUUGGCAGAUUUUGGUUUGAGUAACAGUUGGUCACCUCGACGAUUAUUACAUACCUUCUGUGGUUCUCCAUUGUAUGCUUCACCAGAAAUCGUCUCCGGUAUACCAUACUAUGGUCCUGAAGUUGAUUGUUGGUCGUUGGGUGUUUUAUUAUAUACACUUGUCUAUGGUUCAAUGCCAUUUCAAGGUGGUGAUUACAAUCGUUUAGUACGAAAUAUAACUGCAGGAGAUUUCAUUCAACCUCGUGAACAAUCAGGCGCCCUUGGACUCAUACGUAGCUGUCUUACGGUAUUACCAUCAAAACGUUUAACUGUGGACGAUAUUGCUGUUCAUUGGUGGGUUAAUCUUGGUUAUAAAAAUCCACCGGUGUAUUAUUAUCUUAAUACAACCACACAACACAGUGGUAAUAUAGCAUCACCACAUUCAUCAACAUGGCCAUAUAGUGGAGCAAUAAAACCAUCAUCUCUAGCAUCUGAACUAAAGUCCAAACCUUAUCCAUCAGCUAUACCUAAUUAUUUUGAUCCCUCACCUCAUUUUCCAGUAUCUGUACCUUCAACAUCAGUACGAAAUGGACAUUUUACAGAUAUAGACACAGAAUCUAAGGCAAGCAUAAGUGGAUAUUCUCAUGUGAUACAAACUCAUCGAAAUAGCAAUAAAAUAUCAAAUAAUAAUAAAACUGAACCAAUAUUUAAAUUUCAUCAAUCAAGUAAACGAACACCACAUGAUAAACAUAAAUCAAGUGCUCAUUCACUCAUACGAUAUUGCUUAACACCAAAUGCUAGUAACCGUGCGACUUCAAAGGAUAUUCUUCGUCAUGAUUGGUUGGCACAUGGACCUACUCUUUCAGUAAAACUCAAUUCAAUUGGAACAACAACAACAAUACCAACAACAACAACAGCUACUUCUCCUCCUACUGAUCGUCGUAAAUCAACACAUAGUGAUUAUGAAAAAGUUCAGUUACGAGCACCAACACCAACAAAAAUACAUGAUAAAUCACUAUCACCAACAAAUUCACUUCUUGAACUUGAACUUCAUACAAGUUCAUUUUUUGAUACAACUAAAUUACGUAAUAACAGUAAUAAUAAUAAUACUACUACUAAUAAUAAUAAUUAUAAUUCAUCAUCAACCAAUCGAGAACAACAACGACGUAAUCGAGCUUCAGCUAUGCCAGAUUCAACACGUUAUUAUAUAUCGAAUAAUUCAAAAACAAAUUCAUCACCAUCAACAUCAUCUCGGCCACCUUAUCGACGACCAUUAAGUUUAUCACUUGAUGAUCAUCAUUCAAGUAGUCCAAUAGAUUAUCAUUAUGCAUCAACAAGUGAGAAACCAGCACAAGUUACAUCUCCAUCACCACAACCAGUACCACCUACAUAUACUCGUCGUUCACGACGAACAGUAUCUCCAACAGCAACAACAACAAAAACAACUUCAACAUAUGGUAAUAAUGAUCGUCUUAAUUCUCCUCCAGCAACUCAUCGAUAUACAUUAGCAACAUCACCUGAAACAACAACAAGACGAACAAUAUCACCAAUAAAUCCUUCACGUUAUCUCGUUUCAUAUGAUUUUGAUGCAACAUUACGCGAUCAUAAACGUAAACCUAUUUAUAAGUAUACAGCACCAGCUGUGCCAUCAUCAACUGAAUUAAAUGUUGUGCCAAGUCUUUUAAGUUCAACAACACCUGUUGCACCAUCUGUAUUUACAACAUCAGGGAUAAAAUUUGUUCCAUCAACAACUCGACGAAUGAGUCCAUUGAGAGAUCAAGAUACUAAUAUGAACACAGCACGGCUAGUAAAUAAUACACUAUCUAAUCUAUCUUCUAAUAUAGAAGAUAGUAUUAACACUGCUAAUACUACUAAUUAUAAUAAUCGUCGAUCAUUAUUAACUUCAUAUGAUCUACCUUCAUCAACAAAUAAUCUACGAAAAAAUCGUUACAUAGAUGAUAAUAAUAAUUUCAUUUCAUUAAAGGUGCAUGAAUAA